AUGCCGUUCGGAGAGUGCACUAUCACGCUUCAGGACGUCGCAUACCAGCUGGGGUUGCCAGUCGACGGAGAUUAUGUUAGUGGUUGCCUUACGGACUUCCACCUUUACAUUGAGGGUGGGAGACCUACUUGGCAGUGGUUCCAUGAGUUGCUCGGUGUUUUACCUCCGGAGAACCAGUGUCCAGAUGGGGCAGAUGAGGAGACAGUUAGGCGAUUUGCCCGGGCCUACAUCAUGAUGUUAUUGGGUACGCAGCUAUUUGCCGACAAGUCCGGCAAUCGUAUACACAUCAGAUGGCUACCAUAUGUUGCUCGGCUUGAGGAGAUGGGUCGCUACAGUUGGGCGUCGGCGGCACUAGCAUGGCUGUACAGGUGCAUGUGCCGAGUCGCCAACAGACAUGUGGUGAAGUUAGCUGGCCCGUUACAGUUAUUACAGUCGUGGAUCUUCUGGAGGUUUCCCACACUUAGACCAUCUGGGUAUGAUGAGAUCAGCUGGCCCCUUGCCUCGAGAUGGUCUGGUUACAACCCUGGGAUUAGCAACAAGGGACCUCGGGUACAGAUGGCUCGCAUGAAGAUCGACUUGUUACAGCCUCGGCAGUUCAUAUGGAUGCCCUAUAGCGCAGUCGACGUCAUCCAGGUUGUCCAUCCUGAGGUGUUGGAGCCUCGGCAUACGAUGUUAUGGCGAUGCAAGACGUCCCUGAUUUAUUUUGUGGUUGUCGAGUGGCAUCAGGUUGAUAGAGUUUUACCUCAGUUUGGCGGCGUUCAGCCCAUACCGUCUCCUACCCUGAACAUCGACUUCCUGAUGUCGAAGGACGGGAGAGGAGGUGACCGUUGGUUCCCGGCACAGUACCCUGAGUGGCAUCUUUACUGGCAGGAGCGUGCUGAUCAUAUUCUACAGUUUGACAUCGUGCCCGACCCUGGACCGUCACAUGAGUUCUUGACAUGGUGGUAUCAGCACGGGAAGAGGUUUUUGUCGCCGGAGAUGUUAUUGGGGGAUCCGAGAGGUGUUCCUAUUCCAGAUGAGGCGACGAGAGGGGUGCAGGCCGACUUCCAGACAUGGACCGGGUCGAGGAUGUUCCUAACAGAUGUUGCAUUGAGAGGAGAGCACGAGUUGGGACACGUCGUAGCCAGCGUGAGUGGAACUGGGUAG